GAAAAUGCAGAAAAUAGUAUUCCGAAAUACCAAUAAUGCAAAUUCUCAGCACCACCACCAAUGACACCUCGAAAAACCCUAAACCCUAAUUGUCCGGAGAUAUUCUCCCUUGAAUUGAAUCCACACGGAACGCAUUGAUGGCUUUCCGACGGAGCGUCGCCGCGCGCGCUAACACUCUCUAUCAGCAGCAGCGAGUCGCCGUUCCAUUCUCGCACAUCGAUCGCGACGAUGGCGACAGCGAAAAUUUACCCCGUCAUAGCCCUAUUUACAAUGGCAGUGGGAUCCCCGACAUUCUGCGGCAGCGCAGGCAGUUCGCGGCCGGACCAAAUCUAGGAGGUUUUCACGGAUCGAGGAAUUUGUUCCAGGAUCGGAGAUUUGCAAUUCCAGCUGUUUCCGCGGCGGCUUCUGUGAGGAAAAUGUCAACUCUUGAAGAUGGGGCGGGUGGUGACAACAUUGAGAUAAUGACUUACAUGGAGGAUGUGCAGGUGGCACGGGCGGCCCCGGCGGUGGGUGAGGUGGCAGCUGCGGCGGCAGACUCGUUCUUGCCUGUGGCUGCACUGCAAUACUUGAUAGAUUACGUGCACAAGUUUACAGGGCUGAAUUGGUGGUCUGCAAUUGUUGUUACAACGGUAUUGAUCCGGACGCUUCAACUUCCUUUUACAAUUCAUCAUAUUAAAGCUACUUCAAAAUUCACUCUUAUAAGGCCCAAAUUGGAGGAGAUUCAGCAAGAAAUGAAAGAUAGGGAUAUGAGUCCUGCUGCUGUGCUUGAAGGCCAGGCUAAAAUGAAAAAACUAUUUAAAGAAUAUGGCGUGACACCGUUCACCCAUUUAAAAGGAAUUCUAUUUAUUGGACCUGUAUUUACCUGUUUCUUCUUAGCAAUCAAGAACAUGGUGGAAAAGGUCCAGUCUUUCCAGCAGGGAGGAGCAUUCUGGUUUACUGAUUUGACUACCCCGGAUACAAUGUAUAUUUUUCCAGUUUUGUCGGCAUUGACAUUUUGGAUAAUGCUGGAGUGCAAUGCUCAAGAAGGUUUGCAAGCCAAUCCAGCUGCCAAAACCAUCAAGAACGUCUUGGGAGUCUUUGCAGCUUUGAUGGUCCCUCUAACUGCAAGUUUCUCUAAGGCUAUAUUCUGCUACUGGAUCACCUCAAAUCCGUAUUCCGCCGCGUACGGAUUGGUUAUAAAGAAGCCUGAGGUGAAGAAGAUGUUGGGAAUCCCGGAUAUUCCAGUACCACCGCCGUCAGCUAAUCAGAAACCCGGUGAAUCAUUUUUCGAGGUGCUGAAGAAGUACAAUGCUGCCCAACGGCAGUUGAAUCCUUUACCGCCCCCAACAGAUAGAUCUCUAUCCCCACCACAGCAGUCUUCAUCACCAUCAUCUGCUCCACCGCCGUCAGCUAAUCAGAAACCCGGCGAAUCAUUUUUCGAGGUGCUGAAGAAGUACAAUUCUUCCCUGCAGCAGUUGAAUUCUUUACCGCCUCCAACAGAUAGAUCUCUAACCCCACCAGAGCAGUCUUCAUCACCAUCAUCUGCUGAUGAAAUGUCAAAGCCAGGAAGUCGGAAGUUACGGUCAACGCCGUCAUCGGCGCUUAGCCGGAGGAUUAAAAAGUUAGGUAAAGAGGUCAAGGGAAGGAAGAAAGGGAAUAAGAGAUCUUCCGGGUGAUGGAAAACUAAGAAAUAUAUAACCAAAGAAAUAUAAGUAGUUAUUUUUAAUAAUGCAAAUUUAAUCUCAUUCUGAUGUGAUCCUCGUCUCGACCACGAAGCUACGCACGAGAAGAGGAAACAUAGCUUGGCCCGAAGUCUUGAGUUGGAUUAAACGAGUAGAAGAAGUUAUGAUUUCCUAUUAUUUAGGAGCUAAUAAGUUUAGUUAAAAAAUAUUGGGUUUUAUCUAUCUCAAUAAUAGGAUUUAAUAUUUAAAUUAGGUAUUCUAUAUUAGGUCUUAGGAUUUACGUGUAGUUAGACAUUUGUUAGGAUUUGGUUAGGCUAUUAUUUUAAUAAUUAUAUUAUGUUAGAAUUAAGAUUAAUAGUUAUCUAAUUAAGAGAUUUAUUAGAUUUUUAGGUUUCAUAUUUGCCUAUAAAAGGCGUGUAAUAUGAGUCGAGAAAGAGAAGUUUUUUGGUGAUGAAUAAUAUUUUGUGAUUUAGAGUCUUUGAUUCUUUUUC